CACUCGAGGGGAAAAAGCCCCUCACCCCAGUUGCAGUAUUACUUUUGACCAACCAUCUCAUUGUUAAACAAUGCGUGUCAGCUAAUAUCCAAAUAAUUUUCUGUUAUUUUUUUUAAUGUAUGCAGAACUUUUCCUGAACAAAAUUGUCAUUUCAAUAUGUAAGUACCCUAAAGCUGUCAGUCACAUUAUGCCAGGGUCAUAUAUAUGUAACUAUGACAUAAACAAAUGUCUUAAAGCCAUAGUAAAAUUGCCGUAACAAUCAUAGUAUAGAAAAAAGACUCAACAAUUGCCAUUCUAUAAAUGUAAUAAUAGGAUGGUAACCCUUGGGCAUGUUUGAAACUAAAUAAUUUAAAGGUAUUUUUCGUUCAGUUAAAUGAAAAUAAUUUGUAGUAUAGCAUAAGAGCAGUUGUAUAUAUUUGAAGAAUGUUAGAAAAGAAGUUCUUGUGUCUGUCAUUUCACAAGUUAUAAUAUAGUGUAUCAUACUGUCAUGUACACUUUGAAGAGCGAGAAAGGAUGUUUAAAAUAUGAAAUAAUCAAAUUGACUGUCCUAUGAGGUCAUAGUUUAUAUACAAUUACAGGUCUUUCAUUUAUAAAAAGUCCCAGCCACUGUCCUUGAACAUCAACUUAUAUGUCAUACAAACUAUAACAAUUCAAUUUAAUAUUGUGUUGCCAGUAUGGAUUUCAUGCCAUAAUUUUUAUUAUACUUCACACAGGCCAUUCUGGACACAGGCCAUUCUAUAUUUGUGAUAGGAAAUUCUUGUAUUUGGGCUUUGGAAUGAUUAGCUGUGGGUAUAUUUACAUUUUUUGUGAUAAAUGAAACCACUUGCUUUUUUCCUAACUUAACAAUUGUAUAUGUACAUUUUCACAAAUUGGCAUUAAGAAAAUGGGGUAGACUUAAAUAAAAACUUGAAAUAAUAUAUAGGACAGAAACUACACUAAAAGCACACCUUCUGGUUGUGUAAUUACGUUAUUUUGUCAGUACGGCAUAUAAUGGUUUUUAUAUAGAUUGGAAUAUUCUUAAAAUAGGUAUUUUAGCUUGUGAAGGUACGCGUAUGUAUAUAGAAUCUGGCCAUAAUAAUCAUAAUACAACAUAUACAAAUAAAUCAAUUUACAACAAAAUACAAAUGAACGUAUUUCCGCCGGCAGCGAGCGGUCCCUUUAACCCGGUGUUACAUCAUAACAAGUCCGGCGGAAACAACAGCGGACUAUUUUGAAGCGCUUCAGCCGGUGUGUUUUUAAGCUACUAGAAAUCAACUUGGCGUUAACUCGCGCAAGAUGUCGUCCGUCUUCUGCCUCCGGGACAUUGUCCACGAGCGGCUGGCCGCCGCCGCGGAGGACAUCCUGCGGGUCUUUGCGGAGCGCGUGGCGGGCUACGAGGAGGAGAUCCGCCGCCAGCGCAAACUGCUGGACGUCGUCCUGAUGCCGGUGGUGAAACUACACAAGGGACAGGUCACGGAGGGGGUCGCUGACCGGCAGCUUUGUGUUCAGGACAGGAGCUCCAGUCGGGCUCCUCCUGGGAUUAAGGAGGAACAGGAGGAACUGCCCCCCAGUCGGGAAGGACGGGAGAACGACAGGACUCCGCUUGUGAAUCCACCAAACGGCACCUGGGGAGCAGCAACCCAAUCGGAGUCCGACAGAGAAGGUUCAAGCGCGUCGAAACCGAAAGGCGACGACGGCCUCCCUCGGCGAGACCAGCGCGGCGACCGCACACCGGAGGGCGAGCGCUUCAAAUGCUCGUUUUGCACUGAGGAGUUUUACAAUUUGUUAAAGUUGAAAGUUCACACGAGGACCCACGUGCAAGAAAAGCGCCACGAAUGCGGCACUAGCGGGAAAGGGUUCACUCUGAAGGCCCGGCCGAGGAAGCACGCGACGCCGCUCGCGUGCCCGGCGUGCGGAAAGGAGUUCGACCGUCACGCCGACCGCGUCGCUCACAUGAAGACGCACGCGGGCCAGAAGCCCCACGCCUGCGUCACUUGCGGGAAGGGAUUCAGCCGGGGGGCGGACCUGAGGAGGCACAACCGCACUCACACGGGGGAGAAACCAUACAGGUGCGCGCACUGCGGGAAGGGCUUCUCCUACGACUCGUCGCUGAAGAACCACGUGCGCGUGCACACGGGGGAGAAGCCUUACAAGUGCCUUCUGUGCGGGAAAGGCUUCGCCGUGGGCACCACGUUGAAGAUACACACGCGCGUCCACACGGGGGAAAAGCCGUACGCGUGCGACGUGUGCGGGAAGCGGUUCGCUCACGGCACGGGGCUGAGGCUGCACGGGAGGGUCCACGCACACGAGAGGCCACAGAGCUCGAGUCGCAAAAUGUAUUGA